AUGCUAUUUUUCAGCUUUUUCAAAACAUUGGUUGACCAGCAAGUCACUGUCGAAUUAAAAAAUGAUAUAGAAAUAACAGGAACGUUAAAAUCUGUUGAUCAGUAUUUGAAUAUAAAACUUUACGAUAUCCAAACAAACAAUGAGGUCAAAUAUCCUCAUUUAAAUGCUGUCAAGACUCUAUUUAUAAGAGGCUCCACCAUCAGAUAUGUCCAUCUUCCCAAACGUGCAAUAGAUACUACGUUAUUGCAAGACGCUUCGAGAAAGGAAUCAAUGGCCUCAAAAAUUGCUUGAGU